AUGCAUCAACAUCCCCGAUCAUCGGUGCCGUCUCCGGCGCCAAACUUCCCACCCAGACCGACAGCUCGGGACGACCGCAGAGAACAGGAAGCCGCCCCGAGCUCCCCAACCGUCGAUAUGGGGUCUAAUUCUGCCAGGGGGGUUAGGGAUAGAGUCGGGACCUCAGCCGUCCGAGCAGGGGAGGAAUGCGGCACUGGGCAAGGAGGCCCUGACCCGGUUAAAUCAGAUAAUAUCGGUAUCGUCCAUUCAGAUCCUCCCCCCAAUGGCUUAUCAGCCGCUUUAAUUAUCCUGCAUUCACGUGUUGCACUGCCUCCCUCCUUUAACAAGGGCUCCGAGUCCCCUAGAGUCAACCGCUGGUUCAACGUGGAAUUAGAUGAUACAGAUGUCCUUCGGGAACCCCUGCGACCUUGGAGAACAUGCGAUGCAACAGACAAUCGACCACCACCCCUCGUUAUCGAAACAUACCUAGACACAAAGGGUCUCACAAAUAACCAAAGUUUGGUGAUUCUGGAUGAGAAUGGGAAGCGUUGGGAUGUGCGCGAGUCGCUCGCGGCGCUUCAGGGCGCCCGUGCUAAGCCAUACCAAUCGGAAAAUGACGAGAUUAUCUUGGAGCGGUGGAGAAUCGAGUUGGGAGAGUCCUCAAGCAGGCUUCCGGCAGAUUUGGGCUCUAUAUUGCCGACAGUUUAUAAGAAAAGCAUUGUGCUCUUCCGAUCCUUAUUCACCUACUCCAAGUUCUUGCCCGCAUGGAGAUUCUCUAAACGCAACAAAAAGUUGCGGCAGAGUCCAGCUCUCCAGAUCAAGUACCGUGUGGUAGAUGGGAGCGUUGCUCGUGAUGACCUUUCACUGGAUCACUUGACAGCCCCUUUGAGUGAGGGAAGCGAAAAAGUGGUGGACACCUACAGCUUUGGGGUCACGGAGUCGCCCGCAGGUCCCUUUUCAGUUCAAGUCACGUAUCGGACGAAUUGCGAUUUCCGCGUUGACGACUCGGAAGCGCUGCUGAGCUCGCGGUUUAUGGGUGCUGACGACGAGAUCUUUCGUCCAUCGUUGCCUUCAGAUGAUGUCAACCGCCCAAAUCCUGAAGUCGGUUCUGUGCCAGUGGAGAGAAGGGCAGUUGAGAACCCAGAUUGCACACGUGCAUAUGGCAGUCUCUCGACUUUCCAUCAGGUUGGCCCAACAACAGGUGCCAGUCCUAUAUCAACGCUUCGUGCAAUGAGAGAUUCGGGCGCGGGGUCUCCUUCCCCGACAGACUCACCCAGGAGACUCCUCCCUCCUGCGAAAGUCGUUCCUUCAGGACGUGCUGCGCAGAUUGCUGGUGAAGGUGGAAGCUCGAAUUUCCAACGCCGCCCCUCCGUUUCAUUCCAGCCCUUCAAAGCUCCCCCUCUUUCUGCUUCCCCGGCUUUAGCAGACUCUCCCUUGGGAGUGUCUCCCCGCAACAUGUCUUCACGCAUCCCCACAGGAACAUCUGCCGAUUCACGCCCUGCUCCGAUCUCCCGGUACAGCAGCUCCUUCAGCCACCGACGAGGCCGCCUUUCUGCAGGGGCAAAUAGACUGGAAGACGACAACUCCAGUGGCCGAGCGAGCGCGACGUCAUCCAAUGCACAGCCUGGGUCCGGCCUACUCACGGAAGCUACAGGCACGAGUGCAGAGUCCAUUCAAGCAGAUGAUGAGAACAUCUCCGAAUUUUUGAAGAUGCUUGAUUCGAAGAAGGACCUAAUGAACUCAUCUACCUCGGCAUCUAUUCAGCCUGGUCCUAACGCCACCGCAGCAGCUCUUGCUCGCUUCCGCGGUAUGCGAGAUUCCAACGCCGCGUUGUCCGACUCAAUGUCACAGUCUAUGCACAUGCAUCGCUCUUCCAUUUCUUCGAGCAAGCAAUUGUCGGGUGUCCCACCAAUGGUUGCAGGUACCUCCAUCUCUACAGCUUCUUCCCCGGGGAAACCCAUAUCCCCCCACACCCCUCAUACUCCCCACACUCCUGCUAUCCGCUCUCGUCUGAGCUCGAACAGCGUUGCUGAUGACAUUGAGACCGAUCACCACUCAAGACUCCCUCGCAUACACCACGACCCGCCGCUGGAAGAACAUUCUAGCGCAGAAAAUACGCGAGCGCCUUCUUCUACUGCAGGUGCUAUUGACAUCCCAACAUCACCGAGGAUAUUCAAUCCUGCUUACCGCCGCUCGAGCUCCGCAGCCGUGCGCCGGCCGAUUGUUACAAGCGACGACGACGAAAUAUUCCCAUUCGGCCUUCGCAGUCUCAGCCUGGGGGCUGAUGAGCCCGCAAACGCUACGCUGGGUGCCACCCAACAGCAGAACGAGUCCCAGAAAGACCAACAAUCACCGGCCGAGGACCGAAGCGGUCCGUCAGUCUCUACAACGGGUCCGUAUCGGGACAGUGCAUCCCUCCGCGGGCAAAUGUCUGGACCAACCAGCGCUUCAGCCUCCUCCAACCCCCAUGUCUACCAGCCCCGGUUCGCCAGCUCUCGCGGCCGCGGCUACUCAGGCGGACAUUCCCUCAGCUCAGCAUCCAGCAGUCUCGCCCGGGGCGCCAACCUCGCCCCGCACUUAGCAGAGCGCGACCAGGACCGCGAUGGCAACGCCAGUGGAAGCAACAGCGGCAACUCCACGCUGGAAAUCCGUCGCGGUUCUGGGCAGCGGCCAAGCACGGGUCGGACGCUGUCUGGACAAGCGCCGGAAGACGACGAGCCGCUGCUCUUCGCCAUGAGCGACUUUGGUGCCUCGCGGCGUAGCCUGGAUGAAGGUAGGCAUGGGAACCAUGGUGGGACUGAAUCGGCCGCUGGGUCCCGGCGUGGUAGUGGGAGACGGGGAGCAGGGCUCCCGGGCUUCCAUGUUUGGUCGUGA